AAAAAGAUUCAUAUGUUAUGCACUGAUAUGUAUGUAUUGGCCAUGCUAUGACUGUUUUAGUAAAUGUCCCAUUUACAGUCGAUGUCCAGAGUGCAAAUCCUGGGCCUGGCCACUGAGCAUUGAUUUGUCAUGUGACCAAACAAUCUGGAAAUGCACAUCAUAUCCAGCUGUCUGUAAAUGAGAGAAACACAAAUGAAAAUUGGGUCACAUAUUUCAUGUAACUCUUCACAACUUGUGCUGUUGUCAAGCACCACAGGAAAGCGAUCAUGCCACGGAACUAUAUUCGUAAAACAGACUGGGGUUCAGUGACCUAUGAGGAGCUGGAGAAAGCGUUCGUCGAAGUCAAGCGUGGGAGAUCUAUCAGAACAGUGGCAAAAGAAAGAAAGAUCGGCAGGUCCACCCUGCAGCGCUACAUGAAGAAGGCAGAAGAAAAAAGAGAGAAGACCGUCGGCUACAGAGGAACGGCUGAAGCCAGGAGGAUCUUGUCUGAGGAGUUAGAAGAGGAGCUCGCAGAAAACAUCCGGAUUCUGGCUGAAGGCGUGCACGGCCUCACGCCAAAGAGAUGCAGAGAAAUCGCUUUUGAAUUUGCACAGAAGAACAACAUUCCCGUCCCCAACAACUGGGGAGAGCAGAGGUUAGCAGGUCGAGAUUGGCUCAGUAGCUUCAUAACCCGUCACAAUCUCUACGGCCACAUAACUGAAGCAGCAUCUUUGGGGAGCCAUGGACAGGUCAUCAGUUUCAGUCUCAUCAAGAAAGAAAUCCAAGAGGAGUGUGAUGUUCCUGUCCCGAUUCCUCACGCUUCAGAGGAAGACAGCGCUGAAAUGUGUGAUUCUGACCGAGACCUCUUAGAUACUGACUUAUUUCUGACGUGA